AUGGAAAUGAAGAAUCAGUCAGUCAUUCAAGAGUUUAUCCUACUGGGUUUAUCCAGUUCCCCUGAACAUCAGAUGGCCAUCUUUUGGGGCUUCUCCUUCCUCUAUACAGCAGCUUUAGUAGGCAACUUCCUCUACAUCCUCACCAUCUGCACUUGCCGCAAACUCCACACCCCAAUGUACUUCCUGCUCAUCAAUUUGUCCAUAGCAAACAUGUUGUGCAUCUCAGUUACAAUUCCUAAAAUGCUCCAGAUCACUCUGGCCCACAGGAAGACCAUUUCCUUUGCUGGCUGCGUCACACAAGUCUACCUUUUCAUAUGGGCUUUGGGCACAGAGAUCAUGCUCCUCUCUUUCAUGGCCUUUGACCGCUACUCAGCCAUCUGCCAUCCUUUGCGAUAUCCAGUCAUCAUGAAGAAGGAACUGUGCCUUGGGGUAGUGACUGGUGUAUGGGUGACCGGGAUGGUUGAUUCUGCAGUUCACACAGGCCUGGUGCUCCAGCUUUCCUUCUGUGACUCAAAUAUCAUCAACCACUUCUUUUGUGACCUGCCUCCACUGUUUGCACUGUCUUGUUCAGACAUCCGGAUAAAUAAAAUCAUGGCUUACGCUGCUGCUGUUGUUUUCACCAUGGGCAGCUGUAUGCUAACGCUAAUAUCAUACAUGUUCAUUCUGACAGCCAUCUUUAGAAUCCGAUCCGCUGAGGGAAAGAAAAAAGCCUUCUCCACUUGUUCUUCCCACCUUCUAGUGGUCAGCUUUUACUUCUCCACUAUCAUCUACACGUACGUCAGGCCUGCCUCAUCCUAUGCUUCAGAAGAAGACAAGGUGGUAGCUAUCCUUUAUUCUGUGGCAACUCCUGUGCUCAACCCUCUUAUAUAUUCCCUGAGAAACAAAGAUGUUAAACAGGCUCUCAAAAAGCUUGUAGGUCAAUUUCUAUUGAGGCCUACAUUACAGUAA